GCUGUCAGUGUCAAUUUUCAUUUGAUGUUUUUGUUCUUGGACAAGUUUAUGUUUCGUGAAAUAUUAAGUAAAUAAAAGAUUUUCUGAAAAUCUACGCAUUAAUUUAGAUAAAACCGUGUUCAAAAUGCUGUAGUAAGUUUAUGUGAACCAGUGAUUUAAUGGUAAAUUGAUAUUAAAGAUGGAGGCGGACACGGAAUCCCUCCGGACCACGGCCCCACAGUGGAGCCUAGCCGGAGACAAACAGCUUUUGGGAGUCCUACAGAACAUACAUGAGAGACUGGUGUCCCGAUGUCAGGAGACCAACAAACGACUCGGCGAGAUGGCGGCCGCUCUCGAUGACGCCAGCAUUGACUUGCAGAAUGUUAACAAUAAGUUUAUGGCUCUAAGCAACAGUCAGUUUAUUGAGAGCAGAGUGUAUGAUGAUGACGUUGACGUGGCUCCGACAGAGUCUAAAACUGAGCAACAAAAGCCAUCAGAGUCGAUGUCGGAAGUGGAACAAAUAAAGUUGGGUCUCAAAGCGCUGGAGGGUAUGCACGAACCGUUGUUGAUAUUGGACUAUGACAGUGAGACGGAUUCUGAUGAUGACACUGGCCGAAUGGUGUUGAAACCAAAGGAUUUGUAUGAAGACCGACCCUUGCCAUACAUUAUAGGUUCCUACGCGUGGCAGUCCAAGUGGCAUGCUGGUUUGUUACAAGAAGACAGUGACACGGACAGCAGCGUCAAGCGCGAGCCGUGGGACCGCGAAGAAUAUUCCGAAUCGGAAACGGAAGUCAGUAAACCUGUAAAGGAGCAAGAAUCUUCUUGCAGCAGCGAGAAGUCGUCACGUCUCUCCACCGACCAGACAGUCGACAGGCCCGCGAUCAUCGCCGAUCUAAUUGCCAAGCGAUUGGGACAGCGGCCGCAGCCGGAGCCGGGCCCGGACGCCGCGCCGCGCUGUACGAACAAGAAGGUGUAUACACCUGAACAAACUGCUAUCAGCAACAUUUUCUCAGACGAGCCGCCGCCUCUCGAACAGUCAUAUCAACACAGUCAAGGGAUGAACAGAAGUGAAGAACAGUCUGAUGAUGAAGACGACAUAUUCGCGGAGCUACACAAAAAACAACCUUAUGAACAGGGCAAUAGAGUUGAAAGUAACAUCACUGACGAGCUGUUUGGCAAGGAGAGGGAUGUCUUCAGCGGUUUCUCUCAGGUAUGUCUCAAAUCUCCACCGCCUGCCAAUCAAAAAUUGCCCCUAUUCGCUGAGGAAAAAGAACCAGAGUUGUUUGUCGAACAACCUCCACCUUUACCUAAGACAGAUGGCGCUACUGCCGAAAGUAGUGUUAAGAAACCAAUUGGAGGUAUAUCAUUAUUCGGCAACAAAGGCACGGAGAGUAUCGGAGCUGCCAUUUUGAAACGGAAUCAAAGACUGUCAUCGACAGAUGAAGACGUCAGCGAAGCCACCAGCCAGAGACAAGAGAAAGAUAUAUUCGACCAUCUGUUUGCUAAAUCUGAAAAAGAACAGAGAAAAGCCGAUAAAAAAAUCGAGAAGAAGAUUGAGAAAGAAGUGAAAAUAGAUAAAAAAGUUGAUUUGUUCAGUGACAAUUUAUUUGAUGAUAUUGAUGAUAUAUUUACGUCUAACAUUCCAAAAGUACCGAUAAAAACUGCUGAGAAAAAUCAAAAGUCUUUGUUUGAUGAUGAAGACUUAUUUUCGGAUGUUGCUGUAGCUAAAAACAAGACUGAAAGUGUUAAAGAUACAAAAGUUACUAAGAAAAGUCUUUUUGACAGUGACGAUGAUCUUUUCUCAGACAAAGUCGAAAAAAAUGUUCCACCAAAUGAUACAAGUAAAAUAAAAGAUACAAAUAUAGCUAAAAAAGAAACAAGUGUUCAAAGUGAUAGUAAAAAGAGUAUUUUUGAUAGCGAUGACGAUUUGUUUACUGAUAAAAAUGAUAAAGCAUUUAUAACGUCAUCUGAAGAUAAACGCAGUGAAAUUAAGAAUAAUAAUGCCAAAAGUUAUAGUAAAAAGAGUAUUUUUGAUAGCGAUGAUGAUUUGUUCAGCGAUAAAACUGACAAUAUACCUAGUACUAGUAAUAGUUCUGUACAAAAUAAAAAUAAUAAAAGCAAAUCAAAAAGUAUAUUUUAUGAUGAUGCUGAUAUAUUUUCCGAAAAUGCUUCUAGUAAACCGAAAGAGGUUUCUGUUAAUAGUGUCGUAGAAGAAACUAGAAAAACAACACAAAUCUCUGCUUUCGAGACUAAAAAAGUUUCUAUUUUUGAUGACGAAGAGGAAGACCUUUUCAAUACUGAUAGAAGUAUUAAAGGUGACGUUAAAAAUGAAACUAUAAAUGAGAUUACGAAACCUAUUUCUUCGACUAGGAUCAAUAUUUUUGAAGAGCAGAAUAUAAAAUCUAAAAGUCAUGAUGAGUUUAAUACAAGAAAUAUUGAGGUCUCAGAUACUUCAACAAAAGUAAAUAAAAUCGGAGAUAAACUUAAAAAGUCUCUAUUUGAUGAUGACUCUGAAGAUGAAUUAUUUAAUGAUAAACCAAAACAAGUAAUUUCCGAAUCAAUAGAAUACACAGAAUCUACAGAAAGUUCAAAAGAUGCCUUCGAUGAUGAUGAUUUGUUCAAAGAUACAAGAUCUAAUAAAACGAAUAAUCAAACACUGAAAUCUGAAAUUAAAGAUGAGGUUUUAGAAGAACUAAGAGGUGAAAUCAAGAGUGAAAUUAAAGAGGAAGUAAUAAGUGAAUUGAAAGAUGAUUUACAUAUAGUUAACAAUGAUAAAACUAUAACAAAUGUAGAAACUAUUAAACAAAUUAAUACAUCUAUUUUGGAUGAUGUAGAAAAUGAUUUUCAAGAUAAUAACCAUAAAGAUACGUCAAAAGGAGAUAAUAAAAUAGAAACAAUGAAAAAGUCAUCAAUAUUCGAUGAAGCUGAAACUGAAUUAUUCUCAAAUUCUUCAAAAUACAGUGAUACAAAAGAAAAUAAUACGGAUGAUAAAAUUGAUAAUGAUUUUGAAACUCAAAACAUACCGGAAACAGAUACAAGAUCUGAUGUCGCGAAAUCUGAAAUGACACAGUCAAAAGACAGUAAUAUAAGCAUAGAACCACCCUUAUUCAAUGAACCAAAAGAAUCAUUAUUCGGUGAUCAAGAUGAAUUUAGUGAUAUUUUUAUCGAACCACCUAAGUUUGAGAAACCAACAGAGCCGAAGAAAAGUAAAAACAUUAAUGCAUUGUUUGAUGAUGAUUCGGACGAUGAAGCCUUAUUUUUCAAAAAGGAUGACCCUACUCUUGAUGAGAAACCUGAAUUUGACUCGCCUGCAGCUGAAAAUAGAAUAUUUGGAAUAUUCCAAGAUGAGCCGCCGGAUCUUAACAUAGAUUUUGUUCCAAAGACAAACGUGAAACCUAAAAAUGACUCAAUCACUGAUAUCACAGAUAUAAAAAUAGUAGGUGUCGAUGAUACUAGUGUGAAUGAAUACACAGACCAAAUUGAUUCUAAUUUCAAUUCGAAAUCUAAAGAGAAAGUUGUAGAUAACGAUGAAUUAUUAAAUUCCAUUGAAAGUCAAGAUGAAUCAAAAAGUAAAAUAAGUAAAGAUGACGCUCCGAAACCAAUAGGUAAACUUAAAUCGAUGAAUUUUAACAUAAAUGUAAAUGCUUUAUUGCCUGGAGCUUUGCCAAAAAAGGCAAAAACUACAGAACAAACUGAUGGCAACACACAAAUAAAAAGCAGUGAAGACAUUAGUACAAAGAAUGCACCAGUAAUAGAAUCUAAAAUGGUGAAAUCAAUUAGUUUCGAAGGAAAGCCUGAUUCUCAAGUUCUAGACAACACACUGUCUAAAGAAAGGGCUAGAAUUCAGGUAAAAAGACGGCCGUCUACCAGAAGAGCUAGGAAAGAGGCAGUUAGAAAAUCUGCAAUUGAUUUUGGGGAUGAUUCCACUGAUAAUUCUAGUUCGAUAGAUGACCAACCUAAAGUUGUAAUGAAAGCUAAUAUUGAUGAUAAAAUUGUUGAUAUUCCACUGGCAAGAUCUGAUGAUGAACAUAUAGAAAAUAUGACCGAAAAUAUAGUCGAAACACCGAAAUUUGCUGAAAAGACGGCAAAAGUGAAAGAAGAAAAUAAAGAUUUUUCAAAUACGGAUGAUGUGGAUAAUGAACUUUUUAAAUCAGUAGACGCAAAACAAAAUAGUGUUCAUCAAAAUAAAGAAAAUGUAGCCGAAGAUGUAUUAACUCAAAAACCUAAGGUCACUACAAAAACAGUUUACAUUUUAAACGAUGAAGACAUAUUUAGCGUAGAAAAACCUAAAAAAGUAUUGAAUAUUGUUGAUGAUGAAACACCUGGGGUUAGCGCAUUAGGUCAAGUUUACAAAGAAUCUAUAAAUACAUCUGACAGCGACGAAGAUUUGUUUAAAAAUGUCGCGAAAUUAGAAAAAACAUCAAAUAAAUUAUUCUAUUCAGAAACAAGCAAUAACACUACAAAUGAUUCUAAUGAACUAUUCAAAUCAACUAAAGGAAAAACGGACGAGAGAAAAGCGACGAAAAAUGUUUUCGAUGAUGCUAACACCAAUGAACUUGAAGACGAAAAUCUAUUUAAACCUGACAAUAAAAGCGAUAUUAAAAGGGAAACUAAAAAUAUAUUCGAUCUGAGCGAUGACGAGGAAUUGUUCUCAACAAAUAAACAUAAGAAAACAGAUAAAUUGAACGAAAUGUUUGAGAAAGAAGUGACGAAAGUCGAAGUGAAAACUUCUUUGUUUGAUGAUGAAGAUGAUGAUGGCCUGUUUGGAAGCAGUAGGAUUAAGAAGGCAGCUGAACCAUCAUCGACAUCAACGCAGGCGUCUCGUAAGGAAAUUAUCACCAGAGCAUCUGAACCAGUGUUUGAAGAUCCGUUAUCUUUGUUCGGAGGGGAUGAGGAAUAAAAA